CACAUGCUAUGGGUGUCUGUACCUACAAGCGCUGAUAAUCGCACAAAAGAGCGGGGGCGAACCGCUAAAUUAAGCUCGGACAACACCCACCCGUUUCCUCCGUCACGAAUCAUGGCGGCGGCGGAGGCGGCGGCGACGACUACGAUCCUGGAGCUGGAUCCUUCGCACGAGCGUGCCGGCCGCGUCAUCGAUGACAUCGUGCGGCUGGAGAAGAGGAUAUUCCCCAAGCACGAGUCCCUGGCGCGCUCCUUCCGCGAGGAGCUCAAGCGCCGCAACUCCGGCCUGCUCUACUCGACGUCCGGCGGCGAGGAGGAGGAGGUCGCCGGGUACGCCAUGUACACAUGCGCCACCUCCCUCUGCGCCUCCAUCACCAAGCUCGCCGUGAAGGAAGGCUGCCGGAGGCGGGGGAUCGGCGAGGCGCUGUUGGAGGCCGCCGUCGAGAGGUGCCGGAGGCGGCGGAUCCAGCGCGUGUCCCUCCACGUGGACCCGGCGAGGACGGCCGCCGUGGCGCUGUACCGGAAGGCCGGCUUCCAGGUCGAAACCACCGUCGUGGGCUACUACUCGCCGGAGAGGGAUGCUUACCGUAUGUACAUGGAUCUCCUCUAGGGUUCAUCUUCAGGAUCUCUGGGACUGCCAAUUUUGCUGUUAUCUAGUUCGAAUUGAUUUCUCUGAAUUUACGUGGGAGUUGAACGGUUAUCUGAAAUUUCUGUGCUCGAAAGGGCGGCAAUAACUGGUAGAGAAUGUGGAUGGAUGUAUUGAAGAUUUCAGAUAUUGCCAAAAUGCAAAUUAAUAUUGUUGCAGAAGGGACAACUCAGUUAUACAAGUUGCUGUAAUCACAGUUUCUCAGCAAGAGAGUUACAAUAUUUAAUGCAA